AUGAUGAGGUCUUAAAUCAUGCCAUCCAUGAAAUUUUAUAUUAUAAAAUUUUUAAGUGAACGAUCUGAACUCAACAAAUUUUAGGUUUUCUAUUUUUGCUAUCGUUGUUAAAAGAAAAUGCUUAAGUUUAUAUUAAUAAUAUAAAAACCAAAAAGAGAUUAUAGUCAGUUUUUUAGAUUGCUACAAUCGUAUUUGCACCGAUUCCUCCCAUUUAACUAGAAACUGUAAGAAAAAGGACAAGAUCAUUCUGUGAGAAUAACGAUUUUCAUCAAAAUUUUAUAAGUAGCACUUGCGCUUCAUUACUUGGAUGAUAAUCUUGGCAAAGAAAUUGGUGUCAUUAAGAUGGAAAGAAUCAAAAUCUUUGAAACUAUUAAUAUCGAAUAGAAUUAUGAAUUUUACAUUUAUCACAUGAUGUUAUAAUAAAAUAAAUAAUUUGUUUCAUAAACUAAGUUUUAGCAAAAAAGAAAUUAAUUUAGAAUUAAUAUUCUACUUUCGAAUUUUAGUUUUCAUCUAAUGGAUUAGAAUAAACAGUCGAAGAUUGAAUACUUAAUUGAGCUUACGAUAUUUAUCAAGAAUGGAGAGUGAA